CUACAAACUUUCUUGCAUUAUAUUUAUAUCAACAUGUAGGUAUGUAUGUAGCAGGCAGAUCGACAAACAAAGUAGGCUUUGAAAAGACAUCGAACUAUAUUACGGUGCAUUUAUUUUGCAUAGAGAAAUACAUGAAUAUUUUGUUUUUUGUAGGUAUAUAGAGCUUUGACUCUUAGCAUUAAGAAAAUUCAAAUUAGGAGAAUAUAUGACAUUGGAGUGUAAACAUCGCUGGAGCGUUUUCUUUGGCCCCACACGUUCAGUAGUGUCCGAAAUUACCGCGGUGCAAAAUUAUUAGUUAUUAUAUAUAUUUUUUUUUAAUAAUUAUUGAAGUUUGUGUGAAUUUGUGAAAAAAAUAAAUAUAGCGCAAAGCGAAUUUCCGAGCAAAACACGGUAAGUUUUGAACUGUUGAAGUGAAUUACACGAAUGUAUGUGUUUCCUGAUUUGAAAAAACAUAUGGUGUACCACUAUUAAUGUAGGCUUUUUUUUAAAUUUAAUUUAUUAUUUUUUAAUUGAAAGAAAAAUGCCACGACCCACACGAGGAAAUAUAGAUCGGCGGACGCGUCAUGCAAAUGCUACGGCAUUACAAAGGCGAUCACAGACUCCAGAUGAACGAGCACAAGCUAAUGCAUCGCAGCGUGAACGUAAUGCACGAAAUAGAUCUGUUGUACCUGAAAUUAUGCGUGCUGCUUUUAAUUAUAACAGUCAGAUUAAUUACAGUAUGUACGGAUAUAUUGGAAUAAUGGACGCAAUAUGUCCACAUUGUGAUGCGGCUAAAUUUCCAGGUGAAACGCCCGGCAUGUGUUGUGCUAAUGGCAAAGUGAGAUUACCACCAUUAGAAACUCCACCCGAACCAUUGUCUUCAUUAAUUUUUGGGACUUCUGAAAAUUCGAAGCUCUUUUUGAGUCAUAUUCAACAAUACAAUUCGGUAUUUCAAAUGACUUCUUUUGGUGCUACUAACAUAAUUAGAGAUAAUUUUAUGCCGACGUUUAAGAUUCAGGGCCAAAUUUAUCAUCAAGCUGGUUCGUUAUUGCCAUAUCCCGACGCUGAUUAUCAAUUUUUGCAAAUUUAUUUUAUUGGUGAUGAAAAUCGUGAAUUGGACGAGAAAUUAUUUGUGAGCUACAAAGGUUUUUCCAUCAGCAUCAAAAUUGCUCUCGAUCGUAUGCCCUCUGAUCAUCACAAAAUCGUAACAAGGGCUCAUAGAACACCUUUUGUGGAGCAUGAAAGGCGAUUCAAUGCAGCGACAAUUGAUGAGGUUGCAAUUGUAAUUCGUGGUGAUUAG